AUUUUGUGAAACAAUACCCUAAAAAGUCUCGCACCUUGAGACAUGACGAAAUAGUUCACACUUCUGCGAAUUGGAGGCGCCUUCUUUGGCAAGCUUCUCUUCGGGUUCUGAACAUUUGUAUCGUUGAUCCUUGAAGCAUCUGAUUGUAGAAAGCCCUGCGGCUGACAGAAUCCAACCACAUCAAUGCUGCCAAGGCAAUUGAGCAAGUUAAAAACGGUUUCGUCAACCUACGCCAUGCAGAGUCAGCUUUGAACUGCCCUUCUCUUACAGACCCCUUUUCUGAAACCGUUUCGGGUGCUAUCCUUGCUCGAUAGAAGCUUGUUUGUCACGGUAAAAUGGCCAAUCAGGGGACUGCCAACGGCCGGGGCUACAAUGUGUUCAAGCUGCUGUUGAUUGGAGACGCAGGAGUUGGCAAGUCUUGCAUACUCCUCCGCUUUGCAGACGACACGUUUCGAGAGUCGUAUAUGUCAACAAUCGGAAUGGACUUUCGGAUACGCACGUUGCACAUGGAGAAUGAUGAGGUUGUGAAGCUGCAAAUAUGGGACACGGCAGGCCAGGAGCGCUUUCGAACAAUAACGAGCCCGUACUACAGGGGCGCGAACGGGAUCAUCGUUGUGUACGCGGUGAACGACCAGACGAGCUUCGAGCACGUGUCCAAGUGGCUGGGCGACAUGGAGAAGUUUGCGCCGGAAGAAGCGGUGCGGCUGCUGAUCGGGAACAAGUGCGACCUCGAGAUUGAGCGGCAGGUGACGACGGAGGAAGGGGAGGAGCUCGCGGCCAGCCUCGGGGUGCCCUUCAUCGAAACCAGCGCAAAGGACUCUACGAACAUCGAAGAAGCGUUCGUUUGCAUCGCCAAGGCCAUCCAAGAGAAGCAGACGCUGAUGGCGCCUGCGCGGAGUCGAGACGCCGUGUCCAUCACCGCAGUGACUGGCAAGAAGGCCAAAGGGGGCUGCUGUGGGGGCUGAAACUUUUCCGCCCACUGUCCGCCCGAGCAUUGCACAGCGGGGACUGCUUAACGCCAAAUGUACAGAUUGUAGAAUAGAGCUUGCAAUUGCAUGCGAGCAUAUUUCAGAAAAGUGGGGCAGAUGCGUGGCAACCAACCGGACUUCUUUUAUGAGCUGUUCCUGCAGAAUCGACGCUGAAGUACCGACUGACUGGUUGAGGGAAGGCGGGACAACUGGGUCUGUACUAUAAGGUCUAGCCGGCUUGAAGUUCAAUCUUUGAUGUUGGUAUAUAUAUGCAACUGAUUCCUGCUGCAAUCCUUUCCAUGUCC